AUUUUUGAUGUGAGAAAUAAUAGAGAACUUGUUACCCUUAAAAAACUUGGUUAUUUGGCUUCCAUGCAAAGUUUUACUUGGGCAGCUACGCCUUUCUUAGUAUCUUUUGCCACUUUUGCCACCUAUGUCUUGGUAUCAAAUCAACCAUUAACAAGCGAAGUUGUGUUUGUAGCUCUAGCCUUGUUCAAUCUACUCCAAUUUCCACUUACUGUAUUUCCAGCUGUAUUGGCUUCUAUUGUCGAAGCAUCUGUUGCUGUUAGUCGUGUUGGUAAAUUUUUAAAAGCCGAUGAGCUUAGCCCUGAUGCUAUAACUCGCGAACAAUAUGUUAGUAUAGAGCCGAAAACUGGAGGCAAAAAUGGAAUAGAAUUAAUCUCUGUUAAAAAUGGAACUUUUAAAUGGUCAAUAAAGUCCCCGACACCAACUCUAAGUGAUAUCAAUUUUAGCGUUAAAAAAGGUGAACUAGUAGCUAUUGUUGGAAAAGUUGGUGCGGGCAAAUCUUCAUUAUUAUCCGCUCUAUUAGGUGAAAUGGAAAAAAUAUCCGGUGAUGUUACUAUUCGUGGAUAUACUGCUUAUGCGCCACAGUCAGCUUGGAUCAUGAACGCUACUCUUCGAGAUAACAUUACUUUUGGGCUUCCAUAUGAUCCCAAAUUUUAUGAAGAGGUUAUUGAUGCAUGUAGUUUGAAAGCUGAUAUAGAAAUUUUGCCAGGUGGAGAUUUAACAGAAAUAGGUGAAAAGGGAAUUAAUCUUUCUGGUGGACAAAAGGCUAGAAUUUCACUUGCUCGUGCAGUAUAUGCGCGUGCUGAUAUCUAUUUGUUCGAUGAUCCCUUAUCUGCUGUCGAUGCACAUGUUGGAAAACAUAUAUUUGAUAAUGUUAUCGGUCCAACUGGACUUCUUCGGACAAAAGCUCGGGUAUUUGUUACUAAUGGAAUACAUUUCCUUUCUCGUACAAAUUCGCUUAUAAUGAUACGGGAAGGA